AUGGUUCCGCGGUCUUCGAUGGCAGCGUCGUCCAACUACCACGAGCAAUCAUCGGUGGAACGUCGUGGUGGCAGUGGUGGAGGGGACGACCCUCCCAAGCGGAACUCAAAGCAUCGGACGCCGACAGAUCCGGCCAAAGUCUGGGCAUGUGAUCGAUGCUACCGUCUCAAAUACCGAUGCGAUUCACAACGCCCGACAUGCGGCAGAUGCCAUGCAGGGGGCUUCGAGUGUGCGUACGGAUCUCGGCAGGUACGCUCCGUUUCUGCCCCACGAGAUGGACGCAAGAAGCGACGGUACGACACUGCGGGAUAUAUUCGAAUGCUAGAGUCCAAGAUGAGAGAUCUGGAAGAAUCUUUUACGGGGAUGGAAGAGAGUCCGUCGACUGAUUGGGCGAAACAUGGGGAGGGAGAUUGGGCGGGGGAGGGAAGUUCGGGAUCUGGGGGGCCUGUUACGGUUGAGACGACGUCUUUUGGCGGCUUGCCCCAGUAUUUGCAGCCACUCUCAGCACCUUCUUCAAUGAUGCAUCAGCCCCAUCAGCACCAGCACCAGCACCAUCAACACCAUCAACACCAUCAUCACCAUCAACACCAUCAUCACCAUCAACACCAUCAACAGGAAAUAGAUCAGCAUGCCGCGCUAACGUCUCCUGAAACCAUUGGCAUGUCAGAGUUCUUUCCCGUUCAUAUACCGCAUACCCACCAUCAAAACAGCAAUCCCAACAGCACCAGUCAACCACCUACCGCCUACGGCACCUUGGUCAGCUCCAGCGACCUCUUCACUCAACCCGUCAUCAAGGAUAUUCUGCGUGCCUACUUUUCAGACGUCUGCCACAGAUGGCUUCAAACCCCCAUCCACGAAGCCACAUUUACUGCAACUUUUGACUUGCAGCCCCUCUUUUUGAUUUACAGUCUAUGCGCCAUGGCGGCCUCCACGAGUGACAAUGCUCUUUUGAAGCUGUAUGCACAGGAACGGGGCUGGCCAUUUUAUCGCGUUGGGGAGGUGUACUUUCGGGAGGGGCUAAGGAUGUUGGGUGAGGUAAACGAAAGGCCGAGCGUCGAUGCUGUUAUUGCGUUGGGGCAUUACAAGGUUGCGGCCACAGUGAUUGAUCAGACCGAAUGGUCCGGCCAUUUCCGUAAGAUGUCCAUCACAAUGGCUCUCAAGUUAAAGCUGCAUAUUGAUCCAGACAUUGAGACGGUGCAUGGACCGUUAACGUGGUUAGAAAAGGAGAAGCGACGACGGACAUGGUGGGGACUGUUUGUGAUGGACACAAUAGACUGCAAUCAAUCCGACCAAAUCCCCAUCAUCCCUCACCACCUGCUACCCUUCUGGGACGCGUCGACAGCUCCCUGGUCCGUCAAGCCCGUCUCACCCGAUUUAAUAUGGACUUCUGUCACUUCGUCAGCAGACACUCCCGUGCUCAGCGCAUUUAUCCCUGGAACACAUUUGGAUGUUGCGAAAAUCGCCCAUACGUUGACGGGAUUGUAUAUGCGGAUUCAGAGGUUGAGGGGUACCAUUUGGGAUGUCGAGCAAGCGGUGCUGGGAACCAGACACGGUGGUAGAUUAGCGAAUAGAGCAAGUGGGAACAGCAUGGCACCCCAACCGAGAACGCUGACACCAGAAAUCCAAUCGCAAAUUGACCAAUUGGACAGGAAACUUCAAUCCGUCUUGGAGCUUUUCCCAACUUGGGCUCGCAACAUUGACACCUAUGACAAGUUCACUCCCUCAACUACAAGCACCUACCCACCUCCCUGGCAACUCUUUUCCCAACAUCUCGUCUGGCAUUGCCUGAACAUUGCCCUUCAUAUCCCCACUCUCCUCAUCGACGGCCAGCAAGCCCAGUCUUCGCCCAACCUCCGCCUCAGAAACACAUUCACAAUUUGUCUAUCCCACGCACGCCGAGUCUCACAAUUACUCCACAAACUCAAACGCAUUAAUCCGGAAAUUAAAUAUCUCACGCAAUGGUCAUGCUAUUUUGUAUUCUACUCUUUAUUAGUUCUUGUGAUGGAUUCCAAGACAUCGAUGGAUGUACGACAUUUGGCGGAGGUCAAGCGCGAUGUGGAUGUGCAUUUGUGGUUAACAAAAAGUUUGGGGGAAAAGUCUUUUUUGGCGACGAAUAUGCAUCACCUUGCCCUCUCUGUUGUUGAAGACGGGUUUGGAAGCAUGGGAGAAGGUGAACAGCCCAUGCUGGCUGGGUGGAGUGCGGGAAUGUUGGGAUGA